UGAUAAAGCCAACUUUUUUCCAGUGUUAAAUUUAAAUGCUUCUUAAGAAAAAGCUAAUAAAAACAUUUAAGAAAUAACAUAUUUUUCUUUGUGCCCAGUUAAUAUUUAAUUUACUGACAUCAUCUGAAUGCUCUAUAGGAUUUAAGAUUGGUUUUAAAUAUAGUGCUUACCAUAAAGUGAAUCUAAACUUUCUACCUUAAUCACAGGGGUCACAGGGGAAAAAAGAGAAUAUAAACCUAAGGUAACAAGGGAUGUUAUGGAUUUCCCAUGAUUAACAACUUUCAGUUUCUUCAGUUGGUAAUCAAGGCUUUGUGCUUCAGGUUAGAUUUUAUACUUGCUUGCUGUUUGAACAGCACUGUGGCUACAUGUUUAUUAGUAUUUGGUUGAGUUCCUUCCAUUGUGUUCAUGUAGAAAUUGUCUCACAUUUCUAAUUCAAAAGAAGACAAAAUGAAAGUUAAUUUUUAAAGGUUGAUGGGCUUAUUAUUUUCUUGAAUUGUCCCUCAGGAGGAAUAUUUAUGCUGUAUUAAUAAGAUAGGUAAACUAUGACUACAGAAAUUGAAUGCUACCUACAAAUGCAAAAACCCUUCCAGAAGACCUGUACAAUGUGUUAUUACUUAGGGGCUUUCCUAUGUACAAAGAAAGCCAAAGCAUAUGGUAAUAAUAAAGCAUCUGCUUCAAAGGUCUGCAUCCAUGUUUGUUUAUAGAUGGUCUGUAUAUUUAACUGCUAUAUAGCACACGUGAAUUUAUCUUUGGAUACUUAUUGAUCAUAAAGAGAACAAUGACAUAGAUGUUACUGUAUAUAACUAUAUAAUUAUGUAGUAUCUACAUAAAUAUGUUAUAUGUAAUAUAAAAUCAUCUUUUUAUUUAUAGCUUCCUUAUUUAUUUAUAACUGUAUAUGGUAAGUGUGUAGUUUUUGGAUAUCAGGCAUCGUAACUUCUAUUAUACUUUCUUUGCAAGAAGCAGACUAAUCAUAUUUAGAAAUAAUGUGAUAGUACCAUUAAGGCUGGAAAGAAAUAUAGAAUUCAAUUAAUAUUACAACUUCAUUUUAGAAACAAGAAAAUGGGCUCACAUAGGUCAAGAAAUUUGCCCACAAUAUAGAACUAGGACUAGAACCCUUUUAUUUUAUUUUUACUUCAAUGCUCUCAGACUGAUUACAUUUCCUAGUAUGGAUUAGAGCAGCUCAAUAAAAUCAGUGAUUUCCUUGUAACUCUCUUCUCCUUCCUUAUCACUGCUCAGGGAGGAAAAGAAAAAGGUGAUUUUGCUCCCUGGAAGUAUUUGGAGAGUGUCAGUACUACAGAUUUUAUCCUCGCUUCGUGACAUUUGAUGUUUAUUAUUAUGGAUCAUUCAACUGAAGGCAUGCAUAUUACUCAUUUCUCUCCUUUUAUUACAUGUACAUAUUAAAAACAUUCUAAUCAGGCUUUGAAAUGAUUUAGAGUAUUACAAAUCUCUGACCUGGAAUCUUAUGACAUUAUUGAUUUAAUAGGAACUUGUUAAUGAUUCAGAUACAGGAAGGUCUCCAAAACAAGUUACACUAAAACAUAAGUAUUCUCUUUAGCUGUAACUUGAAUAAGAGUUACUGCAGUGUAAGCCUGUCUUCUAAAAGAAAACAAUUUUUAAUGUCAUUUAUUUUCAGCUGUUCACAAAUUCUUUUAUACUUGCUUUUCUUUCUUUUUACUUUUAUAAAUUCAAAUUUCAUCAUAUAAUAUAUAAACCAUAGGCUCCUGGGCACUUUGGAGGGGCUUUUAUUAAAAAAUAUGUGGAUGUGUGUGUAUUUCCAUCUAUUUUUUUUUCCAAGAGAUGUUUCCUUUUAGUUGGAAAGCCACAUUUGGGUACAGACAUCUGGGUAUAAUGUCACAAGCAGAAAUUAGCAAUUUUUGUUUUUCUAACUUUUGUAGCUCUGGUCAGUUUCACAUGGGCUUCUAUCAGUUGAAAUGGCAUCUUCAAAUUCAGCCAAGGGGAGGUUAUUAGGUUAUAAGUGCUAAAAAUGAUGAGUCGUCUCCACACUUUGUCCAGCAUGAAUAAAAGCAAAAUUGUAAAAUAAUUAUAAUCUGAAACAGAGCCAGCCAUGCAACCCGAGCCUAUCUUUCUUCAUUAAUUUGUAUACAGUUCUUAUUUUAAGAGAAGAAACUUUCAGAGGGUACUCACAUGGGACUGCUGAACCAGCUGUACAACUUUUAUUUUGAAGAAAAAAAGUUGAGCCUCAGAACGGUCUGUUUUAAAGACAGGGAGGGACUUAGCCGUUCUGAGCUUGACCAGCAUGUGGAAGGAGAGCUCUCAUGGCUGCGAUAACUUAGGGAAUUCCUACCUGGGUGGCACUUGGGGCAGGAAGUUUUCUGUUUGUUUUGUUCUGUUUCAGGGGGUCCCGUGCACUUCUCUUGCCUGGAUCAACGUGACUCUUGGUGGUUUUUGCACACCCUGCGCUGUGGGGGAGUGCCCCAACGUGCCUGUCUUAUGUGGCCUCUAUGGACACACUGCCCAGCUGGCAGAGAGCAGGGAAGUUUUCUCCCAGCACCCCAAAAGAGAAAGAGGAAACUACCUUUUCUUUCUGGCCUCCUUGCAGCACAAUAGAACAGGAUAAGCUUCCACAUUUCCCCUCUGGAGUUUCUGGAGUGGUUUCCAGGAAGAAGUUAAACCUUCACCUUUAAAUGGAUGACCAUGUCACAAUCAGGAAGAAACAUCUCCAAAGACCCAUCUUUAGACUACGAUGCUUAGUGAAGCAGCUGGAAAGAGGUGACGUUAACGUCAUUGACUUGAAGAAGAAUAUUGAAUAUGCAGCAUCUGUGCUGGAAGCAGUUUAUAUUGAUGAAACAAGAAGACUUCUGGAUACUGAAGAUGAGCUCAGUGACAUUCAGACUGAUUCAGUCCCAUCUGAAGUCCGGGACUGGUUGGCCUCUACCUUUACACGGAAAAUGGGGAUGACAAAAAAGAAACCUGAGGAAAAACCCAAAUUUCGGAGCAUUGUGCAUGCUGUUCAAGCUGGAAUUUUUGUGGAAAGGAUGUACCGAAAAACGUAUCAUAUGGUUGGUUUGGCAUAUCCAGCAGCUGUCAUCGUAACAUUAAAGGAUGUUGAUAAAUGGUCUUUCGAUGUAUUUGCCCUAAAUGAAGCAAGUGGAGAGCAUAGUCUGAAGUUUAUGAUUUAUGAACUGUUUACCAGAUAUGAUCUUAUCAACCGUUUUAAGAUUCCUGUUUCUUGCCUAAUCUCCUUUGCAGAAGCUUUAGAAGUUGGUUACAGCAAGUACAAAAAUCCAUAUCACAAUUUGAUUCAUGCAGCUGAUGUCACUCAAACUGUGCAUUACAUAAUGCUUCAUACAGGUAUCAUGCACUGGCUCACUGAACUGGAAAUUUUAGCAAUGGUCUUUGCUGCUGCCAUUCAUGAUUAUGAGCAUACAGGAACCACAAACAACUUUCACAUUCAGACAAGGUCAGAUGUUGCCAUUUUGUAUAAUGAUCGCUCUGUCCUUGAGAAUCACCAUGUGAGUGCAGCUUAUCGACUUAUGCAAGAAGAGGAAAUGAAUAUCUUGAUAAAUUUAUCCAAAGAUGACUGGAGGGAUCUUCGGAACCUAGUGAUUGAAAUGGUUUUAUCUACAGAUAUGUCAGGUCACUUCCAGCAAAUUAAAAAUAUAAGAAACAGUUUGCAGCAGCCUGAAGGGAUUGACAGAGCCAAAACCAUGUCCCUGAUUCUCCACGCAGCAGACAUCAGCCACCCAGCCAAAUCCUGGAAGCUGCACUAUCGGUGGACCAUGGCCCUAAUGGAGGAGUUUUUCCUGCAGGGAGAUAAAGAAGCUGAGUUAGGGCUUCCAUUUUCCCCACUUUGUGAUCGGAAGUCAACUAUGGUGGCCCAGUCACAAAUAGGUUUCAUUGAUUUCAUAGUAGAGCCAACAUUUUCUCUUCUGACAGACUCAACAGAGAAAAUUGUUAUUCCUCUUAUAGAGGAAGCCUCAAAAGCUGAAACUUCCUCCUAUGUGGCAAGCAGCUCAACCACCAUUGUGGGGUUACACAUUGCUGAUGCACUAAGACGAUCAAAUACAAAAGGCUCCAUGAGCGAUGGGUCCUAUUCUCCAGACUACUCCCUUGCGGCAGUGGACCUGAAGAGCUUCAAGAACAACCUGGUGGACAUCAUUCAGCAGAACAAAGAGAGGUGGAAAGAGUUAGCUGCACAAGGUGAAUCUGAUCUUCUUACGAACUCAGAAGACUUAGUAAAUGCUGAAGAAAAACAUGCUGAGACACAUUCAUAGGCCUGAAACACCUUAAAGACUUCUGUUAUUUUAAACAUGAGAGGACAGCAUGAAAACAUCAUAAAGUCUCAACCUUCCACAAAGCUAUAGCUCCUGUUUCAACACAGAAUUGGAUUGGGCCAUUUUAAUUGAACCCUAUACAAGGAAUUAAGAAGAACAUAAAUUCUGAGCUAGUAACUCUGGCCAAAUAAAUACAUUCAAGUUCUUAUCAGAGUUUUUGGCCAGUGCUUCUGCCAUUUUUUUCCCUCCGCAAUUUGGCCUUCUUCAAUCAAGCCAGAGAAAUUUUUGAGACAAAAGUCGGACAGUUUUUAAUUUUUCUUGCUCUGGACCCAGUCAUAAUGAUUGUGCAAUGCGUGUGCAGCAGAUGAAAUAAUUUAAAAUUUACUUCCUUGCACUGUCUUACAGAGUGCUAUAACUAUAAUUUUUCAAGGUCUUAAAUAAAAGGAAGCAAAAACAAAAUUAUGGAAAAAAAAUCUUUUUGCAGUGAUGGGGAAUGGACUAUUUAGAUUGUCCUUCUUAUUUCAAAUGCAUAGGAGCAAAAUGACAGGUGUGACUGCCGAGGAGUUGGUUGAAAUGCCAGAGCAAUUCUACAAUCCAACAAUGGAGCAUCAGAACCCCAGCUAGGUGACCUGAGGAACACUUCAUGGUAAAUUCUCAUGCUAAGAAAUAGCAGUGAAACCUUUCUCUGAACACUGUGGGCCAGCCUGUGUCCAUCCCCGUGGUUUCAAAGCACGAAUGCAUAACGUCCAUAGGUGUGGUUACAAGCAAGUCACAUGCUAUCUGCAGUUCAUGAUAGGACCAUCAGCCAUUGGUGGAGACAGACACUAGAAUGGAAAAUGAAAUUUGCCUGUGGGGUGUUUAUCCCAUAAGGAUGUAACAAAACAUAUUACCAGCCAAGAAAUAAGAGACAAGAAUGUGUAUGUGUGUUCAAAAAUGUCUAUGAAAAUGAAAGCCCACACUUUUCUGUACAGAUAACAUUAUUUGACGUGACUUUUAUAUUUUACUACACAGAAACAAACUGCAGCCCUCAGAGGCCCUGCUUCCUUGUCGUGUUUUGCCUGAGCAUGUGCAAAGUCUUUCCUUUGCUCAAAGCUGAAAAACUACCUUUAUGUAUUAUUAGCUGACAACAAAUCUCAAGCACAAUUAGAUGUGGUAACUUUUCACUGUACAAGCAUUGCAAUAAUUGUGAGCUUCAGUGAAUUUGUCUUUGUGAAAGGUAGAAAUUGGAUGGAAAGAAUCAAGAGUAGCCAUCAAUUAAAUCGUGCAAAGGAGGAUCCAUCCAUCCUAACAAGUUUUCUGCUGCACCUGCUUCAUUCCUGGGUUCCACAAUGCUAAGCAAUAUUUUAGAAAAGGAUACAUUCAGAAGCUUUUAAGCCUAAGUGGUGAGAUUUUAUAACUCAUAACUUAGAUCUCUCUUAAUGUGUAAGCCAUAUUCUAUAUGCAUAUUUAGUAUGCAUCAUUCAUUGUAAUUUAAGAUAUAUUUGGGUAUAGGCUGUAUAAAAUGCUUUUAAUUGUUCUGUGAAUAGAUCCUUAGCUUUAGUUUCACCAAAAUCUCAUGCAAAACACAGCUAAAUAAUUGAAUUGUAUCAUAGACAUUACAAUGUAAUUGAUAUUUUAAACGUAAGCAGUAAGAUUGAUCUAUAAUAACGUGCUGGGGGAAAACAUUUAUAGAUAUGUACAUCAUGGUGACUUAUUAUCCUUUCAAAUGGACUUUUUAUUUCUAUUUAUGGAAAGACUGUAACUGCUGCUUUGAAUGUCUUUUUAAAACAAGGCAUUAACCAGCUAGAAAAUAUUGUGCAUUUAAUAGAAUCUAUCUGGAGGGUCUAAUUACUAUUGUUCCUAUUUGAGCCAGUUGUCUUUCAGUAAAGCUAUAGAAUCUCUCAAAGAAGGAGUAAAUAUAAAUGCUACUUCUCAAAUGUCAUAGGAAGCAUAUCCACUUUGUUUCUAUUAAUAUUUUAAUAUCUAUAAGACCUUAUUACUAAAAUAAUAGAAUAUAAAGAAUUCAUCAAUUUAUGUACUUGGGAUUUAACCUAAUUUUCCAGGUUUUGCUACUUAUAAAGCACUGUGACCAAAUUUCCAGAAAGAGUGCAGAACAAAAACAGUUUCACUCCUUCAGAAGAAUUGUCACACUGCUGCUGUACUUACUUUCCUAAUCUCUAUCUGCUACACUCCCUCCUCUUUCUUUUUCUUUUAAGCUUUCAUAUUUCUUCCUUCCCUUGUUAUCCUCUCUGUAAGACAGCUACUACUUAGCACUAAUUAAUAGAAAGUCAGAGUGGAGGUCAUCUGUGCCUGUCCCUUCUGCAAACAUUAAUAUUGAGCCCAUCUGAAGAGAGGGAUUGAUGAGUUAGGCUGCUGCACCUUGAAUGUCCUGCUUUGCAUUUUAAACCUCAACUCCCCAACAUAUGUAUUCUGCAAGUUUAUAUGCCUUUUCAUUUAACCAAAACCUCUUUUAUUUAAUUUUUAACAUGACAACCUACAAUUCUUGUGUUUUUAUUAUGGUGUAUUUCUCUGUUUUUCUUAUUACAUGUGAUUGCUAAAUAAAUCAUAUUUGAGGGAAAACCUUGUGAAACAUUUGGUGUUUUAUGUAAUUUAAUUUAGUGGGGCAUUGAAAAGUUGGAGAAAUUGGGUAAAACCUAAAGGAGACCAACUUAAAAAUUGAUAUGAGUUUUGUGAGAAAGUGCUUUUUGCUCUAUUGAAGAAAUACUUAUUGAUUUACUUAUUAUUAUACCUGCUAUUCUUAAGCUCCUGGCUGGAAGCAUGGUGCAUAUAUGAAUAUGGAAACCCUUCCUCUAGAAAUUUCAAGUCUCAUAAAGGAGAAAAUCUACACAGACUAUAAUUUAUACAUAAUAACUAGGACACCACAUAAAAAAGUAACCAGUUGCAAAUAAAAUGCACCAAUGGAUAUAUGAGGAGGUAAAAAACUGCUUCUGUCUUCAGAGCUUUAUAGACUAAGUGGUGCAUCAGUUGGCAUUUAAUAAAUAAAACAAAAGCUUACAAACAUUG